AUGCCUCAAAUUGCCAGUACUACUCAACUCACCCAACAAGCCACCCAGAGGUCAGAAGCCACUGCGACCAACAUCACACACCCGACUUCCACCCGCCAAACCGGUCGUCAACAGGGCUCGCAGGGGUAUAGCGGGAACAAUUGUCUCGCUUUAGUCAAUUUUGUCAAGCACGUCCGCCCUUUGGGCAGCAAUGAUUGGGAGCAUGUUCAUGAGCUCUACAAUCAAUAUGCUGCGGAGGCUGGACGUCCCCCCCACGAUGCGAAUCCAUUGAAGACAAAGUUUAGGGCGCUGGUGGCGUCCAAAAAGCCCACGGGUGAUCCGGAUUGCCAGGUGUGGUGGCAAGAGCGCAUCUUGACCAAAGCUUUGGCCGGCCGAAUGCGCAAGGUUCCGAAAAGCUUGCUGCGGGGAAUCCAGGCACUGGCGGACGCCGGAUUUCACGGCCGACUGCGGAAUGGGGGUUUCAGCGUAUACUGUGGAGGGGCUACAAGGAGCGGGGGCACCGAGGGGCGGAAGCGGGGUUCGGAGCGAGCCAGAGGGGGAAGCGGUGGUGAGAGACCUGUCCAGGAGCGGCCGGAGGAGUACCUGGACUGA